AUGCCGUCCGUGACCACGCUCCCAUCUCCGCCACCGGAGGCCGUAAAGCAGAAAGAAAGCACAGCUGAGCUUCUCGAGCGACUUUCUUCCGCCAUCGGCGUCGUCAUUAACGAGCAUGACUUCGAUUUCACUUCCGAUUCGGCGAAGGAGCUCAUUGCACAUAUCGCGCCCGAUAUGAAAUCACAGCUGGAUACGUGCGCCCAGGAUGCCAACCACCUGACGUGGGAGGAGCAAGUUUCUCAGUGGCGACAGCGUGCGAAAUACACCCCAGAUGUCCGCUUUCACCUCGACCAGAUCGCGUCUGACGUGAAUGAGGACACGGGCAGGGCGACCGUGUUUAUGGAGAUGACAGUCCACGGCAUCGAGAACGUAACCCUACAGGCUAUGAACGAUCUCAAGUGGCGCCGGAAAAACGGCCAAUGGAUGCUGUAUCAUAUGAUCGGCCUCAGAGGGAGUACCGCGAAUACCGGGUUUGUGCCACCUGGUUGA